AUGGAGAGAACAAAGUCAUCCCUUCUACAGAUUCAGCCCCCAACCUAUGGAAACUUAGUCACUAUUCUCAGCAUCGACGGGGGUGGUAUUAGAGGCAUUAUACCCGCAACUAUUCUUGCUUUCCUUGAAAAGCAACUUCAGGAAUUGGACGGUGAGGAUGCAAGGCUUGCAGACUACUUUGAUGUGAUUGCAGGAACAAGCACAGGUGGUCUUGUAACGGCUAUGUUAAGUGCUCCAAAUGAUAAGCAGCGUCCACUUUUUGCGGCCAAGGAUAUCAAGCCCUUUUACAUGGAUCACUGCCCAAAGAUUUUCCCACAAGUACAACACAGGGGCCUGUGGGGGUCGAUACAAAAGUUGUUGAUAUCAUUAGGAGGACCAAAAUACGAUGGAAAAUAUCUUCAUGAGGUGGUGAGGGAGAAGCUGGGGGAAACUCGUUUGCAUGAGACACUCACCAAUAUUGUUAUUCCCACGUUUGACAUCAAGUCAUUGCAACCAACCAUUUUCUCUUCUUAUCAGAUCAAGAGGUCACCUUGCUUUGAUGCUCGACUCUCUGAUAUAUGCAUAAGCACCUCUGCUGCACCUACUUAUCUUCCAGCCUACCACUUCAAGAACCAAGACCCAGAAGGGAACCUACACGAAUUCAACCUUAUUGAUGGUGGCGUUUGUGCAAAUAAUCCGACAUUAGUAGCCAUGAAUCAAGUAACCAAGCAGAUCAUUGAUGAUAAUCCUGACUUCUUUCCCAUCAAGCCUAUGGAAUAUGGUCGCUUCCUGAUAAUCUCACUGGGCACAGGGACACCCAAGAAUGAACAGAAAUUCAAUGCAAAAAUGGCAGCCAAAUGGGGUGUUUUGGAUUGGUUAACCCACGGUGGUUCUACUCCCUUAAUCGAUGUGUUUACUCAAUCCAGUGCGGAUAUGGUUGAUUUUCAUCUUGCUACCGUCACUCAAGCACUUCACUCAGAAGAUAAUUACCUCCGGAUACAGGAUGAUACAUUGACUGGUACGGAUUCUUCAGUUGAUAUUGCCACAAAAGAGAAUUUGGAAAAACUAGGCCAAAUUGGUGAAAGGUUGUUGAAGAAACCAGUUUCUAAGGUCAAUUUAGAGACUGGUUUAUUUCAGCCGAUAGAAAAUGGGGAGACCAAUGAAGAUGCUCUAAGAAGGUUUGCGAAAAUACUUUCACAAGAGAGGAGGCUCCGAGAAUUGAAAUCCCCUCACACUCACAAGGCCUUAAUAUAA